AUGUCGCUCUCCUGCCAACGCGUCCUCAGGCGAUGCGCCACCGUCCAGUCGCCCAUCGUCCGCGCCUCUCUCUCAUCCACCCAGACCAACCACUUCCUCUCAAGGAGAUGGCAAUCCACCGAGGCCGCUGCUGCUCCCACCAACCCCAAGAUCGCCGCCAUCGUUGACCAAAUCGGCCAAUUGACCCUCCUCGAGACUGCCGACCUUGUUUCUUCGCUCAAGACCCGCCUGAACAUUCCUGAUCUGCCCGUUGGUGAGGAGGAGGCCGCUCCUGCCGCACAAGAAAAGACUCUGUUCAACCUCAAGCUCCAGUCAUUCGACGCUGGAUCCAAGCCCAAGGUCAUCAAGGAGAUCAAGAGUCUGUUGGGUCUGUCUCUGGUUGACAGUAAGAAGUUUGUCGAGAGUGCACCCAAGCUCAUGAAGGAGGGUGUGCCCAAGGAGGAGGGUGAGAAGAUUGUCGAGACACUCAAGGCUCUUGGUGCCGUUGUCGUCAUGGAGUAG